GUAAUAUCAAGUUAUCACGGAGCAAUUUGCUCCGUGCAAGUUAUUGCUUGCACUUCUUACGCGAAGGUUAUAAGCAUAGUACCUACAAAUAACUUACAGUAAGUGGCGCGGGUAUCGUACCGACAAAUUUAUUUGAAAGUCAUAAAUAUCAUGAAAUUUCAAUGAAUGUAUUAUCAUUCUUAAUUAAACCUCGGCAGCCUCCUUGCGUAGAUUACGUAACUUUCUUCCCAUUUCCACCAAAACUAUGCUUGCCAAGUCUUCUCUUCCCUAUUUUUGACUACGCAGACGUCAGCUAUCUAGAUCUCACCGAAGCUCAGUUCGAUAAACUUGAGCGAAUUCAGAAUUUUUUGCAUAAGGUUUAUAUUUAUACUGCGCAAAUAUGACCAUGUAUCUCUUUUUCGUACUAGGCUCAAGUGGUUGCCAAUACUACUUCAUCGAAAUGCUCACAUACUUCAUCUUCUCUACUUGAAUCUACUGAAAAAUCGUUUUGAGUUUCUUCGUGAUUCCCAUUCGCGUAACUUGAGAUCAGCAGUGAGUUGAAGUUGAAUUUGCCACUAUACACUAGAAAAUUUAUGAACAAGUCUUUUACUGUACAGGCCGUUCACAAGUAAAUGGAGGAUGUUUUUUUUACCUGUCUAUUCCAUCGUGUAAGGUUUCGUUGGAUAGGUCUUUCAAAAAUACUUGGGGUACGGAACAACAUCUUUUCGAUUCAGGGGUCCGUUUGCGAAAUAUUUGGCUUUAAAGUGGUAAUUUCUCAUUAGUCAUUUAGCCUCAAUUAGUGAACUAUGAUCAUCUUUGUACUUACUUGGCAUGUGAAUGUAAAUAGUAUAAUUUUCAAAAAAAAAAUUUUAUAUUUUUUGAAUACCACUCCUUAUAAAUGUGAUUUGACCACUUUCCUAUUUGAGCCCAUUUUUAGCGGUAUAAAUGUCAAACCGGGAACUCAUUAUGCUCAGUAUCAAGAAAGCCUACAUAUUGUGACUGGCCACUACGAAACCCUAAGUACCUCUACAUUGUGCAUGGCACGACACGGACUUCGCCAGUUGUUUUACUUAACGCAUCGCUCACUAGUGAACUUUUUGGCUAAGCAUGAUUUAUGUUAGUAGUUCCUAGUUCAUAACUUUAUUCAUUUAUUUUAUUACUUAUAUUCAUCUCAGUUGAAUAUAAACCUGGAUAGAACACGUUCAUAUAAACCACUAAGGGUUAUCUUGAAUGUGAGAUUUUGACAGAAAGAAAAAAACAACCUUAAACUAGACUUAAAGUAGAUAUUUACAAAUUAGACUAUUUUUUAUUUACUUAUGGUACGUACAAGUAGGUAUCAUGAAAGGUGCAUGAGUAGCACCUAUUAUUUCGACACUAUUAUAACUGACGUAGAAAUAAGCUUUUAACUCAUAAUGUAAAAAAAAAUCCAUUAAGUAUUUAUUUUCCUGAUAAAUAUCUUAGUGGGGCGGUUGCCCUAAUACCAGCCCCGCCCCUAAUACCAGCCUUUUCGCCUUUAUACUUCAAAAAUAAGGUUUCUAGUAAUCUUAAAUAUAAACAUUGUCUACUAAAAAAUUCUUCGUUAUUAUGUAGUAGAAAGUGUAUUUCAAAUAUCACUACUUUCGAUUAUAAAACUAUUAGUGUUAUAUUUAAAAUGAAAACACGUCGGCAACGAAAAACACUUAGUUUCCUAGUUUUUUGACGAGUUGUGUUCCCGAUAAAAUUAGGCUUAUUUUGCAUUAUCUCAUCCUUAGGCUUUUUGAUUUGCACAUAGAUUACCUCCUUAGGGGGUAAUCUAUGGAUUUGCAUGACCAGCAAAAGUGUGUUAUUAUAUUAUUUAUGCUACUUAUAGCAAUCAAGAGAACGUUUUUCAGAAACACUAAUCAGUGUUUUAUGUAAGUCCUAUAUCAAUGAUGUAAACGUUCACUGAGACAGGUUUGGGGCAGUUACACCUAAAUUUAGUAACAUAGUUAUGAAAUUGUGGCUCCAUAAUACAUGAUCACAAUUUAUGUUCUAUAGUUGUACUACAACUUUGUCGUGUAACUCUUCAAAAUUUUAACAGUGAUUGUUGUGACAUUUUCUAUCACAAAAAAGUUACAAAAAGACACCACGGCGCUAUUAAUGGCCCUAUUUGUACUCGAAAUCGGGAAUUUUCAUAGUGCACUUUAAUUUAUUUUUCAUUUACUCGAUUUGAUGUGUUUGUUCGUUGCUAAAUUAAGUUAAUAACAAAACCACAAAACAAAAAGACAAAGAUUCCUUGGAUAUUACACAAACGGCGUUUACAACUUGUGACAGAUACCAGAUGUGGGAGAGAGAUACCAACCGAGUGCCCGGGCCAGUCGGGAUCAAAUCCAAUCUGAAAGAGAAGUUUUGGUUAAAAAAAAGUAAAAAGAAAAACCGCACUUAUUAACCAAAACACAGAAAGGUAAGUAGGGUUAAAUGUAAUGGUAAUAAGUAGUAGUUGUUACGAAUCUGUAUACCUCUCAAACUUAUCUACAAUAGGUAUCUACAAAAAACUUAAAGGACAUAAAUCUAUGCUGGGCUGGCAUAGGGCACACAAAAGGGCGACUUUCGGUACAGGGUGGCUGGAAUAUAAACCCUAACGCCUUUUUUGUUAAUCGUCGUUUUUAUAAAAUUGUUCGUUUAUCUUUUUUUUUUAAGUUGAAAUAGACACUUCAAGGCUGACAAGCCUUAGGAGGAUCCACCUUAUAAAGUUUUAUAUAUUCUAAAUCUUCAUAUUAUACCUCAUUUUAUUUACAAAUAAUAGGUACCUCAGUUACCACAGUUACCACAGUUUAUUAUACCUCUAUAUACCUAUUUAGUUCCUUAAACUGUGCCUAUGUGUAUCAUUGAGGUAAGCACAAUAAUAUAAUGUCGCACUAUUAGGAAAUUUCUUCGGAAUCAUUCCGGCCUUUAUAACAUAUACAUUGUCCUAGACGGGCAGACACAAAACAUAAGUAUGCGAGGUUGUGAGGACGAGUGCGGGAGGAGGCAAGUCGACAAGUCACGCACGCGCACUGCUAUCGAGAGUUCACACGCGCUUCGAAACCGCGGUGGGCCUCCACGUGGUGCCUCGCCGCCGCCGCGCUCGCUUUACCGCUGCCCUCUCCAACCUUCAACAGAGCUGCGGUAGUCUGUCGUGAGGAAGACCGCGUACACCAAUGUGGAGAAUGUGGUCUGACGCUAUCUACUCGCAGCGCGUUAACAGCUCACGCCCGCUCGCACCGCGUAGCCGCUGAUGCUCAUCGUUGCGAUGUCUGCCACAAGACUUUCGCAGUCCCGGCACGACUUGUUCGUCAUUAUCGGACACACACAGGCGAACGACCCUUUGAAUGUGAAUACUGUCAUAAAAUGUUCAGUGUUAAAGAGAAUUUGCAAGUGCAUCGCCGAAUCCACACCAAGGAGCGUCCGUACCGAUGCGGUGUUUGUGGCGCUGCCUUUGAACAUUCGGGAAAACUACAUCGCCAUGCUCGAAUUCACACCGGUGAAAGGCCACACGCGUGUCCUCAUUGCCAUAAAACAUUUAUUCAAUCAGGGCAGUUGGUGAUUCAUUUGAGAACACACACCGGCGAGAAACCUUAUCGCUGUCCAGCGCCUGGCUGCGGAAAAGGCUUUACAUGUUCCAAGCAGCUCAAAGUGCAUUCUCGUACUCAUACCGGAGAACGACCCUACACUUGCGAUAUAUGCCUUCGUGAUUUUGGAUAUAACCACGUGCUGAAACUGCAUCGUUUUCAACAUUAUGGUGAACGCUGUUAUCGGUGCACAGUGUGUGAUGGCACAUUUAAUACCAAAAAGCAAAUGGAAGCUCAUAUUUACAAAGAACAUGGCGCGGAAACACCUCGAGCGCCUUCAUCGCUUUCCACAAUGCCAAGUGGGAACGGAAAUGCUAUGUGUGAUAUUGUUGAAGCGGCUUUACAACAAUUGCCGCCGACGCCUCCAAGUUCUCCACCAUCACCGCCAUGCCCCACUGUACCGACAACGUCUAUAGCGUCAUCGUCGCCUACUCCUAUCCCAAACCCAUCCCCUUCACCUCCUACGACCAGUCUACAUUUUACUCUCGCUCCUUCCUCACUGCCGCCUAGAAAGCGAAAGUUUAUUCCUUGUGUCGAUUCACUACCCGCACCCGUUCCAAUAGUACGCCAUACUUCCGUGAUACAGUUCGCUCCCCCCGCUGCCGACUCAUCGUAGCAGAUACGAAUUUAAUUAAAUGUUCAAUUUUAGUUGUAAGGGCUAUAUUUUAACCGAAGGCUGUAUAUUAUGAUGACUGCAUUGAUUUGUAGGGCUAGUUUAGUAUGGUAUAAAUGUGAUUGUUAAUUUGCAAGUUAUCUCAAUAAUGUGCUUGUGCUAGGCAAGUAAGAAAGAUUGUAUGUUAUAAACCCGGUAAAAGACUAAUUAGUUCUAAUAGCAUAAUUUGUGCCGUCAUUGUUGUUUAGAAUAAGUUUUGUAUUUAUCAUUUGUGUUAUUCUUAAGUAAAAUUAAUAUCUU